CACACGCACUUGAAGCCUCCAAAACAUCACACACUCAACAACGCAAAACACACAACCAUCGCCAAUCGAAACCCAACAGACACAUACACAAGGAGCUCUCUUUGUCUCUGUGCGUGUCGUGCCACUUUGUGCAAUGGUUUCGUGGUUCGGUCGUGGGGUGGAGGACGGGUUUGAAACAGGGCCUCUCUGUCUCUGAAUUCUCAGCUUUUUGUUAACCUGUGACGAUUUUCCUGAGAAAAUGAAAAGUGAGAGAGAAAGUGCAAGAAAGUGACGAAAAUGAGACGGCUGAUGCUCUUUCGAGGAGUUUUGUUCUGGGUCGACUUUCUAUUGUCAGCUUUUGGUGGCUUUCUCAUGUUUUCUUCUGGGUAUUUUUGGUUGUAUUCAUGACUUUUUACGCGCUUCCCCUGCUUUUCAGAGGCUGUUAAUGGUUUCCCAGAAAUGUUUAACUGCUUAAAGAAGCUCUUAUGACUUUUGGCAUUCACAAAUGGCUAUUUUAUAGAUUUCUUAGAGCACUCCUGCAGUAGUUAGGCGAUGUUGUUGCUGGUUGUAUGGAAACAUCAUACUUUUAGAGAAGCUCCCAAGAUCUUUCGCAGUGACAAAUGGUUGUUCAGCUACCUCCCUGAGAGAUCACCCAGUAUUUGGCUCUGAACUGCAGUAAACCAAGCGCGAAGAUAGAUUUCUGUUGGGUGGAUUGAACUUUGUUGAUCUCAUUCCUGCACUCUGUUGGUUAGUUCAACUCUUGAGGCUAACCCCCUUUGGCAGUGGAUAAAUCCUGAAAGAAACUUUGGCUUCCUUUUGGGGCAAAUCUCCUUUGGCAAAAGAGACACACACACAUGUGUGUGUAUGUCUCUCUAUAUAUAUUAUAUUAACAAGUGAAAGUUCAGCUCUGUUGGGCAAAUCUCCUUUGGCAAAGUUACUUAAGUUCCCUUUGGUUGGUUGAUUUUAUUCUGUAGCGGAUGAGAAGAGUUCUUCUGUUUAGUUGUCAUCAAUUUAUCUCAAACUCCAGCCUUGCUUUAGGGCAGAUCUCCUUUGGCAUUCUGCUUGCUAUUUCGGGAAGCUUCACCUCGACCUCUGGGAAAGAUAUCAUCUGGCAGUUGCAAUUCCUUGAUACUUCUGCAGUUGGGAAAAUCUCCUUUUGAAGUUUGUCGUGGGAAAAUUUAUUCUGGUUGAAACUUCACUCCACUCAUCGGGCAAAUCUCAUUUGGCAUUUUGAGUCCACUGUUGACUCCUGUUACCCCUCUGUUGGGCAAAUCUCCUUUGGCAUUUGGAGUCCUCGUUGACUCCUGUUAUCCCUGUAGGGCAAAUCUCCUUUGGCAUUAGAUCUCCAGUUGUAGUGGUGAAAGUAUCCUAUUGGAGAUACUAGCACAUUAUCCGUAUCAAAUAUCAAGUGGAAAAAUAUAGGGCAAAUCUGUUUAUCACAGAGGAUUGUUGUGGUAAUACUCAUCAUUUCAUCUUUUGGAGACUCCACAGACUACCGAUCCUUGUAGCAGUACGUUCUAAGGACUUCAAGAUAAAUUAAGAUUUGCAUGUGUUAAAUUGAUCCAUUUCUAGAGGGCAGCUGAAGAAUGGAUAUGCUCCUCAGUGACUCUGAUUGGGAGAGUUUUAGUGAGACUGGAAGUAGUGAGGAUCACGAGGAAAAUGAAUAUUUCUAUGGCGGACAUGCCAGUAGCAUAUUGUCUAGCCUGGAGGCUACCAUUGGGAAAAUUGAUGACUUUCUCUCGUUUGAGAGGGGAUUUAUAUAUGGGGACAUGGUGUGCGCCGUAAGAGAUCCAUCUGGACAAAUGGGAAGAGUGGUUGGGAUCAAUAUGUUUGUUGAUUUGGAGGGUGUUAAUGGAAAUAUGAUAAAAUAUGUGAACUCCAAGAACCUUUUAAAGAUCCGGUCCAUUUCAGUGGGGGAUUAUGUUGUUUGUGGUCCAUGGCUUGGAAGGGUGGAUAGAGUGGUCGACCGUGUUACUGUUGUCUUUGAUGAUGGGACGGAGUGUGAGGUCACUGCUGUUGAUCAAGAGAAGCUCUUACCCAUUUCUCCAAACAUACUUGAAGAUCCACAGUACCCAUAUUAUCCAGGACAGAGAGUGCAGGUCAGGCUUUCAACUGCUUCCAAGUCAACUAGGUGGUUAUGCGGUAACUGGAGGGAAAAUCAAGAUGAGGGAACUGUUCGUUAUGUGGAAGGAGGUUUGGUGUAUGUUGAUUGGCUUGCCUCUGUUCUCAUGGGAUGUGAUACAAAAUUUCCUGCUCCUCCACGUGUGCUCAAUUCAAAAAAGUUGACUUUGUUGUCUUGUUUCUCUCAUGCAAACUGGCAACUUGGGGACUGGUGUAUGCUUCCAGUUAGUGACCAUAAAGCUAUCAUGGAGCAGGCUUUUCAGAAUGCAUCUACUUGUGAGCUCAUUAACCAGCACAAGAAAUCAGAAAGAGGAUUCAGGAGAAGAAACACUAAUUCAAAAUUUGAGGAAAUCUUUGUUAUCAUAAAGACAAAGACAAAAGUUGAUGUUGUGUGGCAAGAUGGUAGCCACGCUUUGGGAUUAGAUUCACAGACAUUAGCUCCAGUAAGUGUUGUAAAUGAUCAUGAAUUUUGGCCUGAACAGUUUGUCCAGGAAAAGAGUACUUGUGAUGAUCCACACUUGCCUAGUAGCCAAAGAUGGGGUGUUGUGCGGGGUGUGGAUGCAAAGGAAAGGACAGUAAAGGUGCAAUGGAAAACUAUCACUGCACCUGAAGCAAAUAAUUCAGAGGGAGAGCAAAUGGAUGAAAUUGUAAGCGCUUAUGAACUGGUUGAGCACCCAGAUUACUCCUACUGUUUUGGAGAUUAUGUGUUCAGGUUGGUCCAGAAUCAGUUUGAUGAACAAGCAGCUAAAAACUAUCCAAACACAAAGAUUGGCAUGAGCGAGGAAGCUGCUCUGAUAGACGAGAACUGUGGUGGGCAUCAAGACGAGUACACUGAUAAAUGCUACCUAUCUCACAUUGGAAGUGUUACGGGCUUCAGAGAUGGAGCUGUGGAAGUGAGAUGGGCUACUGGUAUUACAAGCAUGGUGGCCCCUCAUGAAAUUUUCCGGUUUGACAAACAUGAAGGUUCAGCUGGAAUCCCUGCAGAAGAUGACAUUGAGGACUUGAAUCGAGCUAUGAUUCAAAAUGAAAAACAACCUUCUAACCUGAAAGGAAAGGAUUCAUUGAAUUCGGAUGCUGCCAGUAAAGGUUGCAAAAAGUACACAAGGGAGUCUAGUUCCUAUUUCCUUCCUCAAGCUGCUAUUGGAUUUUUCACAAGCAUAGCUGCGAAUCUCUUUGGAUCCCAUGAUUCCGCAUCACUUUCAGGUCCUUCACCAUCAGUCUGUAUUUCUGAAGUUGGAAAUGAAUCUGAGAUCUCCCAUGAGAAAGGAAUAGUGGAAACUUGUGACCUUUUCACUAAGCCACAUUCAACGGCUGAGCUGGAAAGAUUUGGAAAGAAAAUUUUGAUUGAGGAAGGCAAAGAAAUUGAGGGGAAUAGCCUUCCACAUUUAAAAGCCAAUGAGACUGCAGAUCAGUUCAGGCAAUUUGACAUGGUUUCUGAUUGCUCAGACCACAAUUUUCAUGGUGCCAGCAAGGAGUUCGUAUUAUCUCAGGUGAAAAGAGGCUGGAUGAAAAAGAUUCAUCAAGAGUGGAGCAUCUUAGAGAAAGAUCUUCCUGAAAAAAUCUAUGUCCGUGCUUUUGAGGAAAGGAUGGAUCUUCUGCGGGCAGUCAUUGUUGGUGCACCUGGAACUCCAUAUCAUGAUGGGCUUUUCUUCUUUGACAUUUAUCUUCCUCCAGAGUAUCCUCAUGAACCACCUUUGGUGCACUACAGAUCUGGUGGUCUCCGUGUCAACCCUAAUUUGUAUGAGUCUGGAAAGGUCUGUCUCAGUCUUCUUAACACAUGGGCGGGUACGGGCACUGAAGUUUGGAAUCCAGGGAGCUCCACCAUUCUUCAAGUUCUUCUCUCCCUUCAAGCCCUUGUGCUUAACGACAAGCCAUAUUUCAAUGAAGCUGGAUAUGAUCAGCAGGUGGGAAGAACUGAGGGAGAGAAAAACUCAGUAAGCUAUAAUGAAAAUGCCUUCCUCAUGACUUGCAAGUCCAUGCUGUACAUACUCCAAAAGCCACCUAAGCAUUUCGAGGAGCUUGUGGCGGAACACUUCACUCGGUGCUCCCAAAAUAUUGUAAUGGCUUGCAAGGCGUAUAUGGAUGGGGCUCCGGUGGGGUGUGCUGUUGAUUUUCAGAAAACGGAUGAUAAACAUUGUAAGGGAAGCUCUACUGGGUUCAAAAUUAUGCUAUCCAAGCUCUUUCCGAAAUUGGUAGAGGCUUUCUGUGAUAAGGGAAUUGAUUGCAACCGGUUCAUUGGGCCAGAGAAAUGAACAUGGUGCAAAAGUUGUAAUAUAAAGGUAACCAAGCAAGACAUUUCUGUCAUGUGUAUAAAUAAGUCCAGACACUUCCAAUCUGUGUUUGGUGAAAGAUUGGUCAUGCUCGUGUAUUUCUGAGGUUGUGGUUGUUUGCCAAAAAAGAAUAAAUAAAAAAGAAAGAGAAUCUAUGGUUUGUUUGUAUCUGUGAAAAAAUGACUUUGUAAGAUUUGUUAUUCUGUAUUAUACAGAGUCUUGCAAACAAAAUUUAUGAAAUAAAAAAGCAAGAGUUGAGUUUGUGUGUCA